AUUAUACUAAUAGAACCUGCUAUUCAAAAAAACUCUAUUCAAGGGAAUUAUCUAAUCAUAUAUGAGUUGCUAAGUUUAUGGCUGAAAAAGGAAAAGAAGAUGUUUCCAAAGGAGAAACAGCAAGAGAGGCAGACACUGAAAGUUCUUCCGAGAAGGAUAAAGAAGAGAACUUGUUGCAAAGACUUUUAGCAAGAUUUAAUGUUUCUGUGGAAGGUGAACAGSAAGAAAAAGAAAAACCAGAGCAACUACUUGAAGAGGUUACUUUUGAAGGAAUCGCCAAGUUCAUGAAAACUGAUAAAUGUAAAAAUGUAGUUGUAAUGACAGGCGCAGGUGUGUCGACAUCUGCUGGUAUUCCUGAUUUCAGAACACCAGGAACUGGACUGUAUGAUAACCUUCAAAAGUAUAACCUUCCUUCCCCUCAAGCAGUAUUUGAGAUUGAUUACUUUAAGGCAAAUCCUGAACCAUUUUUCAAACUUGCAAAGGAGAUUUAUCCUGGAUCAUUCAAGCCAACAAUUGCUCAUUACUUCAUAAAACUUCUUGAAGAUAAAGGCUUGUUACACAGAAUCUACACACAAAAUAUUGAUACYCUCGAGAGACGAUCUGGCAUAUCUGGUGACAAAAUAGUAGAAGCACAUGGAACGUUCCAUACUGCACAUUGCCUUGAUUGCGGUAAAGAAUACUCACAASAAUUUGUCAAGGAUGAAGUAUUUGAAGACAAAGUUCCCAAAUGCACAGAAUGUGAAGGAUUGGUUAAACCAGACAUCGUAUUCUUUGGUGAAUCUUUACCAUCAAGGUUCGUUCAGCUGGUAUACCCGGAUAUGGCAGCAUGCGACUUGUUGAUUGUCAUGGGAACAUCGUUGGUGGUCCAACCAUUUGCUUCUAUUAUCGAUAGAGUUCCAGAAACAACCCCAAGACUUCUAAUAAACAGAGAAAAGGCUGGAUCUAGGGAGGGAAGCUGGAUGAACUUUCUGUUUGGUGGAGGUGGAUUUUGUUUUGACAGUGAAGAUAAUUACAGAGAUGUUGCUUGGCUGGGGAAUGCUGAUGAUGGCUGUCUUGCACUGGCUGAUUUACUUGGUUGGAAGGAUGAGCUGACAGAGAUGGUUAAAAAAGCUCACAAAACUAUUGAUGAUGCAAAUAAAGAAACUGCCACCAAGGCGUCGCCCAAGAGUCCUACAACUGUUGGUCUGAAAAAAACUGUUGCAAAACCUUCUCCUAAAUCUACUGUAUCUGCAAGUGGAAAAGAUGAGCUCUGCAAGAAUAAAAGUCCUUCUCCAAAGAAGCCUGUGUCAGGCAGCAAAGAAGGUGAAGUUGCCAGCAAGAAUAUCCAGCAGGCAGUGGACGACAUCAGUGAUGAAUUAUCAAAAACGUCUCUYGAAGACACCAGCCAAGCUGGUGAUAAAUCAAAAAUGUGAUAUUURCAAGAAUACUAUACCAMAUCAAUUUUAUCAAUGAYAUUUUCGUGCYUGYACAAGCAAAAYAUCUAUGGGAAUUUUSUAUUCGCGCCCCAUAACACGGAAUCUUAAAUCCGUGAAAAUUGACUGAGAUCUAUGGUCCGGAAUCUGAGUCCGCUUUCAUAGAAUCCGACUUCGAUAAAGCUGUGGAAUCCGGAAUCCAGGAGUUUGAGUUUCUGGYUUUUCAAUCAUUCCCGUGAGAUUCAAAAGAUAAAAGACCGGCUGCCAUGUUGAGCAAUAGUUUCUAGUGAGGAAUCCUUCCUUUGUUGAAGUUCAUCCAAGAUGGCCGCUGUGACKAAAACGAAAAAUUCUGGAUCCAAUAACGUAGUGGAUUCCGUGGGGCAAUUAUAUAUGGGAGGAAAUUUGAAAGCUCACACGUGUUAUUAUGGCACCUCUAAAUUGCAAUCAAUCAGUCUAUAAUACUAAAACCACUAUAUUUAAUUAAUUUUUUACGGAACAUGUUCGCUGGUGUCGUCGCUGGCUGACUCAUGUUCCCAACACAGAAUUCACUUCCUUUUUUAUACCACGUUUAUUUACCGGCAACUAUUUUUAUUGCAUUUUCUAAUUAUUCAAUUAGACGCACCGGGACUAUCAACUCGUAUUAAGUUUCCGAGUGGUCUAAUUGUUUUAGUAUCAACCAAAAAGACAAUACUAUAAGAAUCGGUUUCUCUCGACAUUUUUCGAGUGUUCUUUGCGUCAUUCGAUGUGACCAUUGACAUUUAGAAUAGCGCAUAGUUCAUAGUUUGGUGGAUACUAAAUGAACCUUCAUUGGACACAGGAAAGUAAAAAUAAAUAAAUAUAUCAUAUAUAAAUGAAUAAAUUUCGAAUAUCAAGUCCUUAUUUCAGCCUCGAAUUGUGUCUUCAGCUCAGCUGAUGUUUAGAUCCGCCAUACUGAAGAAAUUUGAGGCUAACAAUUUUUUUAUGUAUGCACGCAGUAUAAAAAUGUAUUUUCAAGCAACAAAUAUGUUUUAUUAUUAAAUUAUAACAAUGAAAUUUCUUUCGCAUGCUGUAUGCAUUAUUUACAAAGUCAUUAAAAUAUUUCACAAUACA